CACACUUCCGAAGCCUUGGUGCAAGAAAACACAAUAGUCCACGAAGAAAGUGUGGAGAGGAACGAGCGUGUAAAUGGCCAAAACUAAUUGAUCCGAGGUUGAUGCUCAGAGCUUGACCAUCCCUGCAGGCGCACAGACCAACCCAGAAAGUUCGAGAUCAUCUGGAAAACUUCAUCUCCAAUUCGAAUCUCCUCACCAAUUCCUCAGUAUACCCUGACCCUGCAGCUCCUUUCCCUCAGCAGCCCUUUAAAUCUAUCCUCUACAAAAAUCCUCACAUCUCCUCCUCUCAAAAUGUCCACCGCCCUCAAAUCCGUCCGCUCCAUCGCCCCUCUCCUAGACCGCAUUCUCGUCCAGCGCAUAAAAGCCGAUACUAAGACCGCGGGCGGCAUCUUCCUGCCCGAGAGCUCCGUCAAGGAAUUGAACGAGGCGAAGGUAUUGGCCGUGGGUCCCGGUGCCAUGAACAAGGAUGGGCAGAGGAUUGCGCCGAGUGUGCAGCCGGGAGACAAGGUUUUGAUUCCACAGUUCGGUGGCAGCCCCAUCAAAGUCGGCGAUGAGGAGUACUCCCUCUUCCGCGACCACGAACUCCUGGCCAAGAUCAACGAGUAAACGCAUUCUCGCUUCUGAACUAGACGUUGGCCGACCUCCCACUGUAUCUUACCUGUAACACCACGAACCUCACGCCAAACCACAAGCCCAUUUAUGACACGCUAGCAUCCCCCGCCGGCGUUCCCUUGGUAUCAUCCUCGGCAUCUGAUUUUGAAAGCGUAUUGAGUUCUCUAAAUGUAGCUACAACCGCAAGAUAGGGAGGAGGUCUGAAUAAUAAAAAAAAGAAAUCUCCGCUCUCUUAAGCUUCUGUAA